CCACUUCCGACUCCCCACUCUGCCUAUCCAAAAGCUCAAUAGUCAGAAACAAUGGGAGUGGCAGCACACGCACCGUUACCAAUGAUGAUAGAGUGUUCCACCUCCAGAAAUUCCAUCAUGGAACUCAAAUGGCUCAGAACUACAACAACAAUAAAAUCAACCACCAACAAGAACCUUCUCUUUAGACCACCCAUCUUCCCAAUUUACAUCUCCACUGAUCCCCACCACGUCGAUCCUCUCCGCCUCCGUGACCUCUGCGGCACGUGCCACCACUCUUUCCACAGGUUCCCAGGCCACGUGACAGAGGAUCAGCCCCUCCUUGUCGACACUCGCAAGCUCCGCAUUGCUCUCUCUCACAGCGCCGUCGUUGUCUCCGUCUUCUGCAAGUCUCACCACGUUCUUGCCGCUGCUGAUAGUGGUGACGAUGGAAGUUUUGGGAUGGACGAUUUGGUUGAGUGUGUGACGCCGGUGACUCCUUCCGACGGUGAAUUGGUGGGGUUUGGGCGUGCCGUUUCCGACUGCGGCCUCACUGCUUCAAUAUACGAUGUCAUGGUUAUUCCAUCCCUGAGGAGAAUGGGAAUUGGAAGGGUGAUACUUAAAAGAAUUGUGAGAAUGCUUAUAAAUAGAGAGGUUUAUGACAUAGCAGCCCUUUGCACCGAGAACGAGAGGUUGUUUUUUAAGGCAUGUGGAUUUGGGGGUGACAUUUUAGGCUCUACAACCAUGAUGUACACCAGAACUGCUUCAUCUACUGCCGAGGAAGAACAGACCUUUACACGUGCGGGUAGAAAGCUAUUGUUGAUUCCCCCUCAUAAGUCCUAAGGGACCAUACGAGUCUUCAAGAACAACAUGAACAGUGAGCAGAAUCAGGACACACACUGCUCUACAAGAGGUUUGAUAAAUAGGUGUCCCCACUAAAAAUUUGUAAAUGCCAAAUAUACAAAAAAUUGUUGCAGUUUCGUUGUAAAUGUAGAAACAUGAUAAAUGGAUGAAUACUCUCUUUUGUAGAACAUCUGCAUAUAAA